AUGGACUAUUUCUUUGAUCUUGAUGCAUCGCAUCACUCAUGGGGUUCUACAGACCGCAACGAGCAUAUUGAGCAGAAUGUCGACGACGAUAUUCUAACUAGCACUCCCGGCCUGGUGGAAUUUGGUGGAACUACUCCACAGCUUACCAACGAUAGAGAACUCACUGGGCUGUACCACGACGUAGACACGCAAAACGAGCCUACCAAUGACCCUUUUGCCGACCUGGAGGGACAUAUCAACCCAUGCCCUACCUUCUUUAGCGAGGCGCUGUCGGUAACCGAAGGAAAUUAUCGUCCCGAUGGCACACCCUCUCUAACCAGUGGUUCAACCGGGGGAACCGGCACGGACAUGCUGCCGUGGCCAUCUCACGCACACGAUGCGACUGAUCUCAGAGUCUCAACUGACGGACACGAGUCAAUGGGCGACACUUCGUGUCUACAUGGCGAUGUGUUGACCUCCCUGACAAUGAAAAGUGGUAUGGUAGAAUCUCGCACUACGGAUCGUACCGUGGAUGUAGAAGUUAUCCGUUUAUUCACACGGGAACGCAGCGAUUUUCGGCCAGACGAACCAUGGGCCUGCGUAAUGCCUACAUUGACCGAUCCACGGUUUACACGGCAAGGUGACGAUAUAGCAACUGAUGCUCCUAUACCGCCUGGCACCAAUCAAAUACCUCCAGGGAGUGGCAUUUCGCCUGCCCCAGAUACGCCACAGCCUACACAGCAGAAUGACGGUAGAGCAAUUAACCUACCAGGCCCUUCUAGUGAUGUUCCUAUAUCGCCUGACACUCAUCGAAUGCCUUCCAGUAGUGGCCCCUCGCCUGCCCUGGUUGCUCCAGGGCCAAUACAACACAGUGGAGGUAGAGCAUUUGGGCUAUUUGGUCGCUCUGGUAACACCCCUAUACCACAUGGGACCCAUCGAAUGCCUCCCAGGAGCGGCCAUUUGCCUGUUCCGAUUGCUCGACGGCCUACAAAACCUAGUGAAGGUAUAGCAAUUGGCUUAUCGGGCUCUUAUGGUAACGUUUCUAUGCCAUUUGGCCCACAAGACUGCACCGGCGGCCCGAUAUGCGAACAAUGCAAAGAAGUGAAAAGCUCUAGGUUUUUCCAUCUGCCGUGCUCUACCCCUCGGUUAUCGGAGUUAUUGAAGAUCAUCUUUCCGGGAAAGCUUAUAAACUGGAUUGAACGAAGAAAGAGGAAUCGAGCCGAGGAAGCCCAAGCAGGAGAACAAGAACAAGGGGCUAACGGAGAAGGAGAAGCCGGUGAUGGGCAGCAGCUAGAGAACUGUCUCAUCCAGCUAAAAGCGGGAACUGGACCAUCUUUCACCCUCCAGGCUGUACGGGUUAAAUCUAAACCUGCAUAUCCUCACAUGCUGCAGCGCUCAGGAGAACUACAACAAUACCCAUCUGCCCACACCCCUCAAACCUCCGCGAUAUACCUACGGGAUGGCCCUGAGGAGUUAACGGCAAAGUGGAACGAGUGGCUCGACAUUGUCACAACCAAGGAUCUUAGACAGUCGUGCAAGCAAGCAUUUUGCCGUGCUGAUGACUGGGUUUUGGAGGCCCUGGACAUUGUGUGUGAUUUCUGCGUUGCGGUUUCUGCAGGUGCUGUGUCACGUACGCCCGCUGCUACGAUGAUGAAAGAUCAAGAAAACAAGUCCAAUAUGAUGCUUAAUUGCUCAGUAAAGCUAUUUUUCGCGAUAUAUUUGAUGUGUACCCCGCUGGAGGUGAACGGCGAAGGGCUUGACAAGGACGAACGGCACGAGAUUUCGAAGCAGUUCAGAUCGGUUGCACAAAAGAUUGUGGAGCGACUUAUCCGCCACAUAUCCGAGCAGCUACAUGAUCUGAUAUGCGCGAGAAACGAUACUUUUGUCGGACAUGUCAUGAGCACGCUGCUCUUCUUGAGUCUUUCCAACCACCUCAACCAGUUCAUACGCUUCUGUCUCAGCGAUGCCACCGCCAACGACCUUUCCGCGAGAGCGGAGAUAGAUGAUAUGAAUAAAGAUGUUUACUAUGUUAGCGAGUUGGUAUACGCUACGUUUGGGACGGCCAUUAAAGAUAUGAUCAGAAUGAGAGCAGAUGCUCAGCAGCAGCCGAACCGCCGUCAGUCGAACCAGCAGCAGUCAACUGCCGGCCAGGUAGACGCUUGGAGAAUGGGACUUCAGCAAGAUACCUCGAAGCUGAUAUGUGGGUUGUCAGAUCUUAUAGAGGGCGUCAUCAAAAAAAGCUAUGGAAAGGAGCUUUGCCUGGCCACAUCGUUUUACGAUAUCAGCAACGAAAACUUCAGUCCCAACGCCUCGAGGGCCAUAUUUAACGUCUUGGUCCCGCUUGCUGAUAGAGGCCUAAAUCCUUUAUGUAAGAGGAACGAGAGCAUUCGUUUCUGA